CCAAACCUGCCUCCCGCCCUUCUCUAUCCUCUUCCUCAUUGCAGUCUUCUCACGUUGCCCACCCCCCCCCAUCCUCCACCCUCCCCCUCCUCCUCCUCCUCAUCAUCAUCAUCCUCCCUGCCUCCCUCAUCCGCCUCCACAGGAGGGAGAGAGAGCGAGAGAGGAGAGGAGGCAUGCAGGAGAGCGCGGCUGAACGUGAACGACAUGUCGACAGUCAGCCUGUAAAAGUCUUCUCCCGGUCGUUUCCUGAUUCUUUGCCGGAGGACUGAUGAGGGGCCGACGCCGGGCCGCCGCCGCGGGCUGCUGAGCUGAGCCGAGCCGAGCCGAGGGCGGGUGAAGCAGCGCGCAGAGGGUCAUGCAGUGGGUCACCCUGGCCGUGGCGCUGGGGUGCGCGGCGGCGGCGGGCCUGGCCCGGGCGUCGCACGGCAGCCCCACCCCCACCCCGACAUCCACGAACACCCCCCUGGUGGACAACUCCGAGGAGGAGGUGGACGAGCCCUGCUUCGAGCCGUGCACGUGCGAGGUCAAAGAAGGCGUGCUGCAUGUGCACUGCGAUGGGCGGGGCUUCACCAACGGCAGCCAGGUGUCGCAGUCGUGGGUCCGCCCUUUCAAACUAAACCUCCAGAGGAAUUCGCUGAGGCGUCUCUAUAGCAACGGAUUCCAGCACCUUGGCAACGCCGUGUCGAUAAACCUGGGCAACAACGCUCUGCAGGACAUCCGGGUGGGCGCCUUCCACGGGCUGGCCAAGCUGCGACGCCUCUACCUUCACGAGAACAAGCUGGAGGUCUUCAGAAAUGACACCUUUGCCGGAUUGGAGGCUCUGGAGUACCUCCAGGCCGACUACAACGUGAUUAAACGCAUCGACAGCGGCGCUCUGAGGUUCCUGUACAAGCUGCGGGUUCUCAUCCUCAAUGACAACCUGAUCCCCUUCUUGCCUGCGCAUCUCUUCAGAUCUGUGUCGCUGACUCAUCUGGACCUACGGGGAAACCGUCUAAAGAGUCUGGCAUAUGCCGGAACUCUGGAAUACGUGGGUCGCUCCCUCAUGGAGAUCCAGCUGGAGGAGAAUCCCUGGAACUGCGGCUGCGAGGCGGUGCAGCUGCAGCAGUGGCUGGGUCAGAUCCCCUACACGGCCGUGGUGGGGGACGUUACCUGCGAGUAUCCCUUCCAUCUACACGGCAAGGACUUGAGGGAGAUCCCCCGCAAGGAGCUUUGCACCGAGCUCCCGGAUAAAGACUCGCAAGCCGAAGGCGGUAGAGCCUCUGGGGGCACGCAGUCUCAACACCCAUCCCCUAAUUCCAAGCCCAACCCUCACCCGGGGCGGGUGAGACCCACCAAACCUUCCUCCAUGGUGCACGGCUCCCGUCAGAACACCCACACCUCCUCCACGUCCUCGUCCUCUUCCGCCGAGCGCAGGGACCGGGAAAAGCCCCCGCGGCCGACCAAGAGGCCUCGGCCCUCCAGGACGUCGCCCACGUCCCGCAGCCCCAACCAGAAUCCCCCCGUGGCAGGCUACCAGACUCGGCCACCCAUUCCCAUCAUCUGCCCGCUGGGCUGCACGUGUAACCUGCACAUCACCGACCUGGGCCUGACCGUCAACUGCAAGGAGAACGGCUUCCUCAACGUGUCGCAGCUGACGCCGCGACCGCUCAACGGACGCAAGCUGUACCUGAGCGGGAACUUGAUCCAGAGAAUCUACCGCACCGACUUCUGGAACUUUUCCAGCCUGGAUCUGCUGCACCUGGGGAGCAACCGCAUCUCCUACCUCCAGGAGGGCGCCUUCUCUAGCCUGACCAACCUGAGGAGCCUGUACCUGAACGGGAACAACCUGGAGAGGCUCAGCCCCGACAUGUUCCUGGGACUGCAGAGUCUCAGGUACCUUUACUUUGAGUACAACGAGAUCCGAGAGAUGGAUCGAGGCACCUUGGCCUCCAUGCCUUCCCUGCAACUCUUGUUCCUAAACGCCAACCUCCUAAGGAGCCUUCCUCUGGGCGUGUUUUCCGGAGUGAACCUGGCUCGCCUCAACCUGAGAAACAACCACUUGCUGCAGCUCCCCAUGGAAGGUGUGCUGGAGCAUCUCACUGGCUUGGUGCAGGUGGACCUGCAGCAGAAUCCGUGGGAGUGCAACUGCGAAGCGGCGCCCCUCAAGCGCUGGCUGGAGGGCCUCAGCGCUGUGGUGGUGAUGGGCGAGGUGGUGUGCCACUCCCCAGAAAAAACCAAAGGCGUGGACCUUCGCUCGCUCUCCAUGGAGCUGCUGUGCCCGGAACUGAAGCCCCAAGAGGACGGCGAGCAGCGAUCGGCCACCUCAUCGGCACCCGACGGCGGCUCGGCGCUCGGCCGCCCCGACCCGGAGCCUGGUCCCCUGAUCCCACCCGGGAAGGACUCCAUACCGCUCUCGGUUCUGGUUCUCAGCCUUCUGGUUCUGUUCGUGUCGGCGUUCUUCGCGGGGGCGGCGCUCAUCGCGUACACUCUUCGGCGGCGCGACAAGUUGCCGUUCCGUCGCCAGGGCGAGGUGGACCUUGCCGGCAUCCAAAUGGAAUGCGGGAUCUUCUCCGAAGGGACUCACCACCACCACCACCAUCACCACCACCACCACGGCGUGUCAGAGGCGCCGCCCCAACAUAACCACGUCUACGACACCAUCUCGGUGCCCAAAAGCCCCGACCCCGAGGAGCAGAAAGGCAGGGUGUCCGGCGGGUACCGCUCGGCGGCCGAAAAAGACCGCGAAUGGACCCUCCAGGUGACUUCCUCGCCCAUCAGCACCGUGGCCGGGGCCAUGGGACCGCUUGCGCCGGGCCUCCAUGAAAACGGCAUCCUGUGCCCCACUGUCAUCGACAGCCAGGGCCCCACGCCCAAGGUCGAAUUGGUGGACUGCCUCUUCAGACUCCCCGCCUUGGAGUUCCGGGACCUGCCGGACAGAUACGCCAGGCCGCCGCCCCGCUACCCUCACCCGCAGGACACCCAGUUGCAGGAUGCCGCCUCCUCCUCCGCCGAGCUCCAGACGGGAACCUCCGCCGGGAGCGAGCAGGCGAGCGAGCAGGGCGCUCGGCUCAUGACCACCCCGGACUACAUGGAAGUAUUGGACCGCUCGUACCAGUUUUAGCUGCCUACCCUCUUUCCGGAGGUCCUGUACAGAGGCUGGCGAGGAGCCCUCGGCGGGGGACUGCGCUACAAACUAUUCCUGGAUAACAAGCUGGGUCACUUUAUUUGCCCCGCCGUACUACUCAUUUCGGCGAGGAUUACCGGUUUCACGGAUCUCCGCCCCCGGAGGGAUGACUCGAGCUACGCUUUGGUUGCGGGGGGGGGCGUUGAAAGGUUUUCAUGCCAGUGGCGGCACUUCGCAACAUCAAAAGCGGGAGAGUGAGGUGGGUUGGAGGGAGAGGGGGGGGGGGGGGGGGACUGCUAAAAGUGCCUUAGCGACGAGCAGCCAGCAAGUGCGGUCAAUGCUUAUUUUUCUAAUGAAUACAGAUCUAUUUAUCUAAACUUCGACAGGACGGGCGGGAGGACCAAUCAGAGUGGAGGACGAGGAGGCGGAGGAGGAUCACCCCCCAAAAAAAUCCGAUUGGAAUUGUUCAUAUUCUUUCAUGCCAUUCAAUUCAUUUCCAAGUUGAAUAAGGCAGCAAAGUACAGCGAUGAUGAUGUCAUCAUUGUGAUUAUCGUUAAUUGUGUGAAUGCUAAAGAGUUCAUUCUUCCACCUCGGCCUUCACAAAGAUCCCAAAUUUUAGGCGAAUUUAGGUUUCUCCACCAAUGCAAACCAUGCCAAUUGCCUAUUUUACAUAGCCCACCCCCCAAAAUAUCAAGUUUUUGCAAGCAUUUUGCAUUUCCACGGCAAGAUCCUAAAAGUCCUUCCUCAGUUCCCGAACCAUUCAAACCCUUCCGACGUCAAAAUAUUCAAGUCAUUCAUUUCCAUUUAUCGAUUUGUGAAAAAUGUUCCGAAAUCUAAAAUUGGCUACGCUUUGCUUCCCCAAAUCUCCAAAGUGAAAUAUCCAUGGAAAUAGAGGCCUUGUAGAAGAUUACCUCAUCUUUUCGCGUUUCUCAAGCAGACAUUUCGGAAUUAUUUUCUCGAACUUCAACAUUCAAACCAUUCCAGCAUCAAAAUGAGACAACUUGGGAACUAUUUUUUUUACACAUUCUUGAAAUUUCGGGCUGUUCCACAUUUUCCAAAACAAAACCACAAUUGGAUACAAGCGGCUGAAAUGAGUUUUCUCCGCAGGGUGUCCGGGCUCUCCCUCAGAGAUAAGGUGAGAAGCUCGGUCAUCCGGGAGGGGCUCAGAGUCGAGCCGCUUCUCCUCCACAUCGAGAGGAGCCAGAUGAGGUGGCUUGGGCAUCUGAUUCGGAUGCCUCCUGAGCGCCUCCCUGGUGAGGUGUUCCGGGCAUGUCCCACCGGGAGGAGACCCCGAGGAAGACCCAGGACACGCUGGAGAGACUAUGUCACCCAGCUGGCCUGGGAACGUCUCGGGAUCCCCCGGGGAGAGCUGGAAGAAGUAGCUAGGGAGAGGGACGUCUGGGCUUCCCUGCUAAAGCUGUUGCCCCCGCGACCCGGUCCCGGAUAAGCGGUAGAAGAUGGAUGGAUGGAUGGAAAACCACAAUUGAAUAUUAGACUUUUAACAAUUGCACUGAAUCAUUUCAACAUUCCAAAUAUACUUUCCCCCGUACUUCAGGCAAGCGAAAUGUUACUGACGAAGCGCUUUUCAUCCAAAGAUUGUAACUCAAAAGUAUAUACACGUACACGCAAUUUUGCCACUUGUUAGCAUAGCAACUGCUAGUAGAUCGGCAUUUGAUUAUUUCCCAAUCAAAACAGUCUCAGCACUUUAUCCAACCAGGUUGCCAUCUUAUUAAAUGUGUCAUUGCAACCGCAAGGAUCAAGUUCAGUCCCACUGGAUUUCGAAGAAAUGCAGCAUUUUAUUUGACUCUUGUCAUUUUUUAUCCAAGUCUUGAAUUCAUUUCCUACAUUUCGAAAAGGACCACAGGCUUGCAUUGGGUUCAGCAUCAGCUCUUUAACAUUCACACGCCAUUUUUUAGCCACGUGGCAUUUUCUCGUGACUACUUGAGUUGAUUUUGAAUGCCGGCCUACAGUGGAAGGACACUGCGGUGGCGGCAUUCAUUGGAGCCAUCUUCAAGGACCCCCGGGCUCCACGUUUUCAUGACGGUUUUCUUUUCUCUUCAAAAGAUGGACCAAAUGCCGGACUUUUAUUGAAAACAAAAAGACAAAAAAAAAAAAAGGACAAAACUUAUCAGCUAUCAAUGAUUAUCUUUUACCAAGGUACCUUUUUAUGUGCUCAUCUCCUACAAAUAUUAGAUGCAGUUGUGAGUAUAUUUAUUCUUUUUUUUUUCUUUUUCGGGGCGGGGGGCGUUGUUGUAAGGGAUCACGUUGCGAUCUUGACUGUAUAAUAUGAUUCUGCAUCUGCUUCAGACGCCUUCUUCUUCUUCUUCUUCUUCUUCUUCCUGCCGACCCGACAAGUACAAUAAAGGGUGCUACGUGAACGCCACUGUGUGACCGCUUUCAA